AUGUUCAUGCAGCGCGCUGCUCUGACUGCUGCCCGCCGGGCCGCCGUUGCACCUGUCGUCCGCCGCGCCUUCACGACGUCGUUUGUCCGCUGCGAGGCCGCUCCUCCUACCAACACGACCCCCAAGAUCAAGUUUCUUUCCGAUGUCAAGACAAGUGCAGACCUUCUCGGCCCGGGUGCCCAGCCUGGCACUGUCCCCACAGACCUCGAGCAAUCAACCGGUAUCGAGCGUCUCGAGAUUCUCGGCAAGAUGGAGGAUGUUGACGUGUUCGACAUGCGGCCCUUGGAUGCGUCGCGCAAGGGGACUGUUGAGAAUCCCAUCUUGGUCCGCUCCGCUGGUGAGGAGCAGUACGCCGGUUGCACGGGCUUCCCAGCUGACUCGCACAACGUCAUCUGGGUCGGCCUUUCGCGUGAGCGCCCCGUUGACCGCUGCUCCGAGUGCGGCAAUGUUUACAAGAUGAACUACGUUGGACCCCAAGACGACGGCCACGGCCACCACGAUCACCACCACGGCUACGAGGAGCCCAAGACGUUUGCCGACUUUGUCAAGCCAGAGUACUGGUAA